AUGGCAACAGGAACACCAACAACUAAUUCUCAUAGUGGAAAACAUCGAUUAGAACCUGAAAUAGAAAAAUAUCGUUUAGAACUUAAUUGGACUAAAAUUCUUGAUAAAUUAAAAAGUGCAAAAGUUUCAGAAUAUGUUAAAUUUUUGGAAGGAGAAGCUCAAUUAGAAUAUUAUUUACAACAAUAUCCAUUAACUGAUUAUCGUCAUAUAGAACAAUCUCAAAAUGAUUUAAUUCGUGUUGAAAAUCUUCUUAAAUGA